AUGUCUGUCCAGAAACAACACACAUAUGGAUCGCGAACCAAAGUUGAUACCUUAUCAAUUGCACCUCUGAAGAGAAAACAGCCAUCCGACACGUCUCUGUCUUCUUCACUGCCAUUCAAGAAACGCGUCAUAUCAAAGCUAAAGACAUCGUCGAACGUCAACGUAAAAACGAGACGAAAGACUUUGACUCAGUUACAUUUCUCCUUGGAAACCUCUAUACUACGAACGUGUUCUCAAUGUGAUCUAUCCUACACUAAGGGUGCUCCGGAUGACGAAGAGCUUCACCGGUUACACUGCGCUCGCGUUCAAAGAGGAAUGGAAUGGGGUCGCGAAGAAGAGAGAGAUAACACCGCCUGUGUUGAUGAAAUCGAGUCGGGAUUGAAGCUUAAGGAUGGCAGAAAAGGUCGUAUUGUAUGCUUUAGAGGAGAUGUCGGUGGCAAAAUCAGAUCGAAGCUAUCAAACUUGCUUGAAACGAUAAACCUCACACUAUCAUCACCUCCUCUUGCAUCACCUACCCUUCAAGCAUCGAAAAUAUAUUUAUUUCUCAUUCCAUCACUAACAAAGGCUCGUCGCGAGGAUAUUGUCGGCUGCGUCGUGGCACAGCGUAUCUCUACUGCGAUGGCCGUUGCCUCGAAAGGAAAUACCCCACCCAAUUUCAUCAAUUCUACUGAAAAAGACUCCCCGAUCCUUACUCAAGCGCCUCAGCUCAUUGCUGUCGAUACAAGCACGGGGCUGUUUUGCCACCCUACUCCUCUUCCGACCUCUCUUGGUAUUCCGCGUCUCUUCGUCUCCUCAACUUACCGCCGUCAGGGCAUUGCGAGUCAUUUGCUAUCUGCUGCUGCUGCGACGUUCAUUCACGGCUACCCGCUUGACCCUCGAAAGGGUGAGGUAGCGUUUACUCAGCCCACUGAGUCGGGGUACGCAAUCAUGCGAAUUUGGGGCGAAGGCAACGUGAGAGUUUAUGAGGAGUGA